AAAAACCCCCGCCCCUCGCCGGAAGUGCAUUUAAAUAAAGCUUGUUGAUCGGCGCGGGACGGAAUGGCGGCGCGCUUGGUUCGCAGAGUGGCCCUAAGCGCAGGUCUGGAGAGGUCGCUCCUCCUGGUGUGUCCGGUCAGUCGCACAUAUGGAUCUGUGGCCGCACGAGCUCCCCAAAUGGCACCAACCAAAGAGGUUCAAGCAGAUGAUGAGAAGAUCCUCACGGAGCCCCUGAAGCACUCAGACUUUUUUCACCUGGCAGAACUCUUCACCCUGAAGGACCUCUUUGAUGCCCGGGUGCACUUGGGCCAUAAGAGAGGCUGCAGGCACAGGCUGAUGGAGCCGUACCUUUACGGCUGCCGCCUCGAGCAGGACAUCCUGGACUUGGAGCAGACUGUGGAGCACCUGCAGGUGGCGCUCAACUUUACAGCCCAUGUGGCCUACCGAGGUGGCAUCAUCCUGUUUGUGAGCCGAAACCGUCAGCAUGCUCACCUGGUGGAGAGCACGGCGCAGGCCUGUGGGGAGUAUGCCCACACUCGCUACUGGCAUGGGGGGCUGCUUACCAAUGGCCACGUCCAGUAUGGACUGGGCACUCGCCUCCCAGACCUCCUCGUCUUCUUCAGUACACUCAACACCGUCUUCCAGCAGCACGUGGCCAUACGGGACGCGGCCAAGAUGAACAUCCCCACCGUGGGCAUUGUGGACUCUGACUGCAACCCCAGCCUAGUGACGUACCCGGUGCCCGGGAAUGACGACUCCCCCGCGGCACUCGAGUUGUACUGCAGGCUCUUCAGACUGACGGUGAACCGCGCCAAAGACAAGAGGAGGCAGGUGGAGCUCCUGUACCAGCUGAAGGGCAAGGACGAGGCGCGCCAGUGAGGCCCGUGUGACUGGCAUUGUGACCUAAUAAAGACAGCUGUGUGUGU